CAGACGACAUUUUCGGAGGCUAAACGGCUGGUCCGCCGUUUCUCUGCGCAAAAGCGAUCGUUUAUUGUGUCGGGAGAAAACUGUCGGUACAGGUUUACGUCAGUUUUCCUUCACUUUUUUCCCAACGUGAUUAGCUAAGAAUAAUAUCGAUCGAACGAUAGUGAAGACAAGUGAAAUGUUUUAGUGGUAAAACUGAUUAACCGUACGGUUGGAUUUUGGAUAUCGUGCAAUGAAGUUUCGAGUGGACUACUUUCCAUUUACUAGAAUACAAUUAAUGUUGUAUUUUAAAUAAAUCUUGUUAAUGAGAUUCUCUGGUUUACUUUAGAAUUGAGUGUUUUCGAUAGAAAAUAUCGUUGUCGUACCGCUUUAGUGCCAUCGUCGGAAAAGUGCAUAAGCCAGAAGUAACAUUAUGCGAUCGAUAAUUCGCCGACGAUUUUGAAAUACGCUUCAAUGAUUCGAUCAGGUACUUGUGACUCUGUGCAACGUUUCCUUAGUUGUCAGUGAGAUGUUUCAAAAGUGAUUUUUCAGUGUCUUCCAAGACCUAUGCACGACGAAAUAAUAGCAAGUACAAACUAUAUACUUGUUGGUAUGUGUACAAGCGAUGCUAAGAACAGUGUCGUCGUUUUGGACAAAUACAUUUUCGCGUCUUCCAUCCGUACACGGUUGCAACAACUUUACCAGUAACAUUGCAUUUCGUAUAAAAAAAGAUUUGCAAGCAACAUAUACUUGAGAGAAAAAUGUGCAUUUUAAUAUCGUCAGCGGCCAUUUUGAAUUUAUGAGUACCUCGAACUACGACGAUUAUCAACCUCAUUUUGUAACUCCAAAAUUGGACUUUCUUUGACGCCUUUCGAGACAAUUGUAAAUGCACCAAGAACUGAUUUGGCAUGUCAUUGAAAAAUAAUUAUUAUUUUUUAUUCACCGAAUGAAAUUCUAAUAAGUGCCACAGAAAGCAUUCCAUUCAUUUUAUUGUAUAUUUUACGUUCUAACGUAUAUACAUCUGCUGUUAUAAUUAUGGCAUGAAUUAAGUAAUUUAAAUAUACUUUCAAUUCUAACCGAAAGUUUAUUUGUUAUCAGAGAAAGGCGGUAAUAUCGCAAAUUUUAUAUUUUUUAUGUUUUAUUACUUAUGGAAAGGAAACAAAUAAUUCCAAAUGAAUAUAUCAAUAUUAAAACAACGUGCAAGAAGAAUUUUUCAUUCUUUUGUAUUUCUUCCUUUGAUAAAUAUAUGAUUUAAACAUAAAAUAAAUAUUUAUCUAUCAGUUCGUACAGCAAACAUAGUACGUGUUUUGUUAGAACGUAUAUAACGUAUUCUACCAAGCGACAGCUGUAGUUGAAACUGAUAAGUAGAUUUGAAAUAACCUCAACGACGAUAAAAUCGUUGAUAUUAAAAUACGAGAAGGAAGUUAUACUUUUAAUAUUUAACGUAAAUGCACAGAAAAUAUAUACGAGUUAAUUGAAAAUAUAUCAGAGCAAUAAAGGAAAAAUUGAGAGACAACAGUUUCCUAAUUGAUCGACGGUCACGACACUAGAUGGUGGACGGUGCCAUUUUUGUCAAUUUCCUAGCGCGCGUGGUACGCGCGUAAAGUCGAGCACAUUGGAAAAGUCAUCAAUUGAAUCUCACAAUCUGAACACAAAUAAUUAUUGUUGUUUAUGCGUGUAUUGUUUUUGAAUCCAAUUAAAAGUGUUGAAUUUGGAAUGGUUAAAUUAAUUAUUUAACCUAAUGUGACAUCGGCAUAGUGUAAAAUGCUUUCAUUUACAUGGACGUGAUAGUUUCAUAAACUAAAUACUGAAAUCAAGAAAAAAAAUUAACUAAUACGACAUGCGAGAAUCUCAAAUUGCUGUCUGUGAUCAAACGAAACGGGUCUCCAGACCUUAACAACACCAAAGAAAAAUGAUGAAACUAUGAGUGCAGUGGAUACAACACUGUCAAUUUCGAUCAAAAUGGCCCCAGGGCCAGAACAUCGCCAAGAACCAGUAGCACCUGACAAAGCUGCUGAAAAUAAUAAUAGUGAGACCUCUAAUGAAAGAAAUAAUAUAGAGAAUUCAGUGGUAGGUGUUGAAACAGUUAGUAACCAGAGUUCGAAUACAGAAUGUGUUUCGACGAACAUUGACACUAAUUCAGAUUCAACAACUCCAAGUGCACCGGCUUGUAUUACCUCUGACAGUAAACAGGAAGAACCAGCUACUUUGUCUGCAUUAAAUGAAGGUGAAUUACGUGCACUAUUGGAUGAAGCUAUAACUUAUAAAUGUCCCAAAGAUCGUGAAGGAAAAUCAAGCCUUUUUAAAGAACUACUUCAAGAAGCAGAGGCAGAUGAAACCGAAGAAGGUCGUAGGAUAAUAACCAAUUCACGUUGCUUACCUGGGUCAAAUCGUAGGAGGCAUAAAAGAGACUCUGUAUCUGAAAGGUUGACACAUGGAGGGUCAUUGCAAAAUUUAGCACAACCUAUUGCUUCAGAGUUUGAUAGUAGUUUUGCUUAUUUGUCAUCUGGAUCUAGCCAUACCUACGGAGGAAAUAGGAGAAAGAAUAAAAAGUAUACAGGACCUAGUGUAUCUGCAAGACAAAGAGAAGGUGGUUCGUUACCUUCGAAUGUUAAUGCAUCACACAGUCUUGCUUCAUUGGCUAAUUUAGACUUAUUAUUUGAUAAAAAGAAGGGUUUCUGUGAAGAAAGAGGAGCAUACGAUUGGACUAACAAAGAAAAAUCCAGAUCUUUAGACAAACCAUCAUAUAGUAGUACGAAAAAGGAAGAAAAGGAAAAAGAUAAAAAGGAUACCAAAAGGGAUUUGUCCGAAAGUGAAGUUGAAGUGCGUGAGAAAAGAGGUAACAAAGGAAAAUACGGGACAAAUGAAAUGCUUGAAUCAGAUAAUCCACCACCAGAGUAUAAAUCAGAUUACAUGGUGAUUGACUUAGGUGAUGCUGAGGUGGGUACUAUUAGUGAAAGGAAUGUGGGAUCUACUAUAAGUGGGGUUCAGAGACCUCACUCCUUAGAUACGGAAGAUGAUGAAGGAAUUGAAAUGAAAAUUAUUGAACCACGUAGACCUCAAUAUAUAUCGCGCACUCCUUUCGAUAUAGCUCAAACUCCUGUGGAUACUACAAUAGAUUUCUCUCUCCGUGAACAUAGUGGAAAGCAAGAUAAAUCAAAAAUAUCUGUUAAUGGUACAGAAGUAACUGGAGCCCUUUCUUUUCAAACUUUCAAUAGUGUGAAAUGUGGUAUUGGUGGAACUGCAAAUAGUUCUAGUGCUAGUCAGGGUAAAGUAAUUCCAAGUUUGUGCUCCAUGAUGUCUGCAUCCUUACAAACACAAAAUAUUACAAUGGAAGGCUCGAGGUAUACAGCGCAUACUACCGGAUCUGGAGAAAAGAAGUCCUUGGAUGAAAACGGGAAUCCAGUACAAAACUAUAAUGGGGAACGGAAAAAGCCUAGAAGAAAGCACACUCAAGAACCUAAUGUUAUUGUAUACAGUGCUGAAAAUGUUGAAGGACAUCGCAAUGAAGAUAUCGACAGUUUAAUUAAUUUUAUUGAAAAUAAAGAAUCUAAAAGUAAAAAAGGAAAACCAAGUAAUCCGGUAAGAGUAAAAACUAGUUCAGGUGCAAAGCCAAGAAGCAGAGAAAAGGAUACUAAAAGGGAACAGUUACCUGCCAAAUUACAAAAAUCUAAUUCCCUUGAAGAAAUAUCUAAGACUAAACUCGAAGACCUCACAACAGAGAAAAGCGUCAGUUCUAGUGGUGCCAGUAGUAUAUCAAGUCAACAUGGCACGAUCAAUGUUGCUUUACGCCGUGCGAAACAAAGAAGCACAGGGGACGCAGCUAUCGAUAGUCGUGGCGAUAGACGAUCUUGGGGAACGGAAGAAGGUCAGUCUAUAUAUUGCAAUGAUACUGGAGAUGAUUAUGCUAGUCGUCGAAACUCCAAUAAAAAAAUCAAUCCAGAGCCUGAACAUGAAACAGAAUUCCUGGUAGUUACAAAAAAGAAGAAAAGUAAAAAACAGAGAAGAAGUUCCAGUGGCAGUAGAGCACAGAAUUUAACAACGUCAGGAUCUUAUCUCCAAAAUUCCAGAGGAUUUUCUAACGAAUAUAGAACACCACUUUCUCCUGAACUUCGAAGAAAAUCAGCAAGCAGUAUGCCACCAAGUGAUAAAUCAGACAGUAGCGAUUCUGAUUCUGUCCAUUCAUUACCAGUUACAUCAAAUACGUCCAAACAUAAUUUAUCAAAAAUAGCUACCUCAUCGGGCGGAACGCCGCAAGCAAGUUACGCGGACAUAGCUCGUAUGGCAACUAUUAAUAUGACUCAUAAUUCAGUGUUAAAUAUGUCUGCAAUAGUUCCAAACAUGUUAAAUACAUCUUCGUGGCCUAGUGUGCCACCCAAAACACCUUCAGAACCAGACAAGAUUCCUCAAGAUUAUUAUCCUAGUUUAGAUGAAUUACAACACUCGGAUAGGAAAACAAGGCAACAUAGCUUCACCCAUUCGAAUCAUCUUUUGAAUCUAAGUUUCGAAAAACCACCAUCACCGACUUUGACGAAAAUGAAAAAUUCAACGGAGAGAAACAAAGCAGAGGCUCAAGAAGAAGCUAUUAAUAAAAAUAUCCAGGUUAUUAAAUAUGUACAAGAUAUUGAAAAAAUGCGUCAAAAUUUAACACAACAAGAACCAAAAGCUGUGAACUGUAAUAAUCAUAUCACGACAUCAAACGAGACUUCAAUAACGAAUGCAGUGCCAUCAAAACUCAAUAAUACUGUAACCAAUUGUAACCCUGAACCUGAUAACAACAAUCCUAACUGCAACAGUGUCAAUAAUAAAGACACUGUUGUAAAUGCGAGGUGUAACAAUCCACGAGCACGCAGAGGAGGAGGAGGAAGUUACGUUCAAAAUAAUCAAAAUGUACAAAAUCAAGUAUCACAUGAAGAUCAACAUUUCAAGAAAGUUGGAUAUACUUUUCAUGAUGAAAAUGGAAAAAAAUCACAAAAUACUGAAAAUUCUAAUACACACUGUGAAAAUAAAAAUAAUCCAGCAACUGUUUCAAAUGAUGAGGCUGAAUCGCAAAAAACUAAUACUACAAAUAAUCCAAAAGCAAUGCAAGAAGUGCAAAAUAUUGAAUCAGAAGCAAUCAAGUUGACAAAAACCGAAAAAUCAACAAAGAUCUUAAAAGAACAGAAGCAUGAAACGGUUAAAUCGGGAAAUGUAUACUCUACAAGUUCGAAACAAGAACAACAAGAAGAUUCCGAAUGUAAAAAAACGAAACAACAAAGUUCUACUUCGGAUAAAGAUCAGACACAGAAAGCAGAAUUACAAACAUCCAAUAAACAAAAAACUUCGAGACCUGCAGUUAUAUUACUAGAUGAAACUGCAGCAGAUAUUAUCAAGAACAGCGAGUUACCUACGGAACUUAGGUUUGGAUUUGAAAUUAACGAGCAACUUUUAUUGUCAGAAGAUUCGACAACCGAAGAGACUUCAAGCGUUAGUUCUGUGUUUCCUUCCGUUCCACCGCUCAUAAACAAACCACCUUCUAAUUUCGAUAGAUAUCCUCCAAUAUUUGACAAACACAUGAGAUGUGAUAAAUUUACGCCUAAUUUCAUGCAACCUCCAAAUACGCAUGUAACUCAACAACCUCUGCAUCCGGUGAUGGUACAGCGAUUACCGUGCAUGGGUUAUCCUCCAAGAUUCCCUCCUCCUACGUGUUUGCCACCACCACCCACACCUCCACCAGGAAUAAUGGAAAAGUAUCACCAUCAGCCAAAAGAAGAUUUUUCUAUGCUCUAUGUAGCUCCUGAAGAAGAUGUUAAUAUACAAACGUACAAUCAUGAUAAAAUCGUCUCAUUCGUUGGCUUAGCAUGGGACGCUGUUAUGAGGGAAAUGCCAGUAACUGCAGACGGUCGUAUACAGUUCUACAGUGGUCAGUGAAAUGGGCACUAAGAAAUAUGGGGUAAAUAACAACAAUAAUGUUUUUGUACUGCAAAAUUACCUCUAUUGCAAGUUAUCCGUUAUAAAACUGUAAACAGCCAGAGGAGUCUGCUAACUAUGCAAGACCAAAUAUAUAUCUAAAUACAAGCAAAUUGAUCGAACCUGUAUUAAACAAGUUGCAGAAACUACCGGUUUCGAUCGCCAAUAAACGUUAUACUAAUUUUUGAGUCAAAUCAUCAGUGAUAAUUCUGUAAAGCCAACUGGCGCAAAGUGUGCCUCUAAAACUAAUGUACAUAAUUAUUAAUCACUGGAAAGAACAAGACUUAUAAAUUGUGUAUGUUCUGACUGUACAUACAUGAAUGAGUUGCAAAAUACCUUUGAAAAGGUUAUAACACAAUAUUUAAGUUUCAGUAUUGACAUCUGAUACAAUAUUUGACUGAAAAUUAUAAGUUCGUGAUGCAUAAAACAUAUUUCGCUCUUUAAGAACAUAAACAAUUUUCUUGUAAAAAAAAUGUGAAAAUUCAUGUAGUCUUAAAAUGUCUCAUAAUUUUUGAGGAGAAAAAACGACAAAAAGUAAAAUGCCUUUCGGAUCAGCUACGAAAGUGUUGCAACUUUGAAACAAAAAUAUAAAAACUAUUUAAGGAGUUUAAAAAUUAACUGAAACAAGAUUAUGAUGAAGCAAAUUUUUCAAAAACUGCAUGUGCUGUGACAUGGUGGUUUAUGCUGAUGCCUUUAAGAAAUAAAAAAUACAUCUUAGACCAUUGUAAUAAAGUUUAAAAAUAGUUGAAAGCAGCCUGUUAUGUUAAUUAUACCAAAUUGAGAUCAUCCGUCGGAAAUAUUGCUAAACUAGUAAUAAUUAUCUGAUAUAAUUACGGGCAGAGAUGAUCUUAAAACAACACCUUGAAAACAAGAAUUAUUGCAACCAUCAGUGAGUCUUCAAGGAAAACUUUAGGAAGGUUAAACGUAAAAAUAAUGGUUGCUAGAUUACAUGUACUUUAUUUAAGACGAACCUUUAAAGAAAAGUAAAGAAAGCUAUAAAGAUGUGUGAAGUGUAAUGAAAAAUGGUGAAUGUAAGUGUGUUUUUGAACACGUGUAAAAUAUUUAAAAAAAAAAGUAGUGUGAUUGACUUACAAGUUUAUGGAGUGGUUACUUUUACAGCCACAAUAGAUAAUAGUUUAAGAAAUUUGAAAGGAGGAAAAGAGAGAGAGAGAGAACAAUGAAAACUGAUUUUUUUUUGCAAUGCUGCGCUCAAGGUCCUGAAUUGGAUAGAGACAAUGAGAAGAGUGCGAAUGUGUCGAAACGAAAAAAAAAACAAGACAAAAAACGCUAAAUUUUUACACAAACUUGCUUAUUUAAUGAAUAAUUAACUAUUAAUUAUUAGUAAUAAUAAUUAUAAUAAACUACUUGCUUGUGAUCAUAAAGUAUGAUGGUACGAAUGCGUGUAGUGCAUGUAAAUAUUCUACUAGCUAAUGUCCAAUUUAGUUUUGAAUACUUGUAUUUUGAAUUCUUUUAAAAUUUUUCAUCGUAUUAUGUUAUCCUCUGAAUAUGGUAAAAAAGAAAGUAACUAAUACACUUUGUGGUUGUUAUCGAUCUACAGUAAGAAAAAAAGCUUAUAUGAGUAGUUAAUCAAAAAAAAAACAAAAAAAAGAGAUAAACGGGAAAAAUGAAGUUAAUACGAUUCCUUUCACAACGAUUCUAUUCGUUAUGUAGGAAGCCUACCUCCAACAUAUUUUACUUUUUGAUAGAUAAUCAAUAUAACGAAACAUAAUUUUCAAUUCGAAUGCAAGUGUCGCGUAUUUAGAGCCAAAAAUAUAACUAAUUAAUAAAUUGUGUGGAAACUUAUCAUUUUCGAAGAUAAGGAUAAAGCUAAUCAAUUAUUGCAGAUAAGUUUCAUAUAAAAGAAUGGAAGCGUGUUUGUCUGUAUAGAUUAUUAUUAUUAUUAUUAAUUAUUAUUAUUAUUAACAUUAUCAUUAAUCGUAAUUAACAAAUUAAAAUUGGCGAUUUUUGUUGUUGUCUUUUUUUUUUACCCUCAAAAUUACGCAUGGAAACAGAAAAUAUAAGCUCUGUUAAUAUUUUUCAUUUUGUUCAGCAAUAUAACAGUACAGUACAGCUGGGGGUACAGUUUUCAAGAAUGAGUAAUAAGUUAAAAGUAUUUAACAUAUAUAAAAACCAUUAAUGCAUGUUAGAAUAUACUUCAAAGAAAACAUCAUUCAAUGCGUGUUAUCAUUGAUAUGCUUGAUAUACUUUCUUUUUUGAUAGUAUAUUAUACUAAUACUAGAGCAUACGAUAAAGCAUUACGAUUUAGUUUCACAAUUAAUUUUAGUGGAAUCAUUUUAUCAUCAUCAUCAAUCAUUUUACAGUAUAAAAAUCGAUAUAUCUCAUUUUUUUUCUCUCUCAUAAAUGCAGGAAAAUUUCUAGUGCAACGGAUCAGUCACUUCUGAAUGCCUAGAUAAAUCAUUAUAUUCAACUGUACUAUGAUCAAUUCAUUUUUAAUCGAAAGACCUAUUACAUUACAUCACAUUAUGAUUAAGUGGUAAUGAUUUUAUCCUUACUUUAAGUGGAUGAUGUUUCUUCGGGGUAUUUCUAUCCGGCGUGCAAGAAACUAUUCAAAAGUCAGGUGCUUCAUCGCCUUAAAGUUAGUAGAGUGCAGUAUCAGCCUGUGCCAUUGACCGGUUCAAAUGGCCAUGACUGUUAAGCUUCACAGAGAUUAGCACAGAAGUACUUGAAGGGAAAUAGGACCAUAAAUUGUGUAUGCGUUGCAGAAUGGCAGCUAUGCCGCGAAACGAUAUUAUGUACCGAAUACACGGUUUAACUAAUUGUGUUAUAACGAAUGACAAAAAAGAAAAAGAUAGACAAAGAUGUAUAAAUAUCAACGUGCAAGGUGAUAAUGUAUCAUAUUAUAUUCUUUGUUGAAUUUAUAAGUACCAAAUUAAUAGUGAUCGACGAAACAGGUAAAGUGUAUGAUUCUUCUGUUUUCACUUAUUUAAGCGUUUUAAACAUUAAUGAGAAGGGAAAAAAAGCUUGCUUAUUUCGUUCAAUAACAGGCUAAUUGCAUUUAUCCAUGAACUAAUAGCCUGUGCUGUAACGCAAAUAUGUACGUGUUUCGUCUACGAAAAGGGCACAAAAUCCUAAUUGGACGUAAUGAAGUUCCAAAAUCAAGCGCAUUACUCUUGCACAUCUCGUUCUCAGCCUAUAUUAUAUCAGUGAUAUAGAUUCGGUUGAAACUGUUGAAACGUCGCUAAGAUGUAAAAUUAAUUUAACGAAUGGAAAAAAAAAGAAAAAAAAAUAACAAAAAAAAAAACACAGAAAUAGUUGAUGUUAUUUCCCGUCUUGAAUUGUUAUGUUCGUAUAAACGCAUGUGUACCAAUUUAUUCUUGUGAAACUGUGCAUGUGAAAGGGAUUUUCCAAUGAUUUUAUUUGUAAGUUUGGUUGCUUCGCCAAGUUUCGACGGUACCGUCUAUGUAAUUCCGCUAGAACUGUUCUCAUAGGCCGAAACAAUUGUGUGUAUCCAGAAGUAACGUGAUUACAUUACGAUCACGACGAAUAAUUGAAACAUUUUUGGAGAUAUUAUAAUUUCAAGGUAAUCGAUUUCCUUCGACACGAAUGUUGAACUUUCAAAUGCGCUUCCGGUUAUAGAAAGUUUCCAGAAAUGUUUAUGUAUUCGUGGGUUACAUCUGUUCGAGAUGAAACUUCAUUAUCAGCGCGGGCAUGUUGAUAGUGUUCAAACAAGUAAAAAGAAGGAGAUAAAGGUUAAUAAUUGAUCGAGAGUAAGAGAGAGAGAGAUGGAGAGAGAAAGAGACAGCGUGAAAGAGAAAGCAAGAGAAAAGAAGAGAAGACAAAGGUAUCCGACGAUCUCAAUGUUAGCCUUGUAUCACUGUACAAUUUGUUAUUCAGUGUAAAGCAGUUUUUCUGUACUGUAUAUACGUAUAUUAAUAACUAUUAUUAAUUAUUGCUAAUGAUUAUGAUGAAGCUAUUCGAUUAACUAUUAAUUGUACUUGCUGAUUAUCGAUAACGAUUAUACGGAGAAUCACAGAAGCUAUUUGCGAGUGCUUAUGCGUGUAUAAAAGGAAUAAAAAGAGAAUAUUUUGAGUGUAUGGUAAAGGCUGUGCUGUCCAGCUGAAACAAAACAAGAGGAAAAAAAAAAGAACAGCACUGGAGAGAGGAUGUUGUUGCCAACGUUUAAGUAUGUUGCCAAAGGUUUUCCCUUUUGUGGGUGUAAAAACACAGUAUAAAGUAAUAUUCGAGUUCCUUUAUUUUUUUAUGUCUUUCUUUUUCGCGUCGUGGAAUUGGCAGGAUUUCAAUUAAGAAGUACUCAGUGAGAAAAUUGAAAAUUGAUAUUUAAAUACAACACACGUUCUACAACAGAACAUGUUCUAUAGUGAUGUUCAUAUAUGUAUAUAUAUAAAAUUAUAUAUAUAUAUGUAUAUAAAUAUAUAUACAUAUAUAUAUAUAUAUAUAUCUACAUAUAUAAUACAUAAAUAUGUAUCUAUAUAUAUAAUUUUCCUUUUUUACAUUAACGCCGUAUUGUAUUAUCUGCCGUUUGCUUAGCAAUUAAUCUAAUUAGAGCAUAGAUAAGCAUUGUGAUAUACGCAUAAAUAAUCAGGUAACUGUUGUUUUCUUUUCUCUUGUCAGCUGAAAAGCCAAAAUACAAAAAAAAAAAGAUAAAAAAAAUCAGUAAAAUAUUUUCGAAUAUUACUUGCAUACUGUAUUUCGCCGAUGAUACGUAUUCAGAUGAUAAAUCGUUUAAAUCUGGCACGAUGAAAGUAAAACGGAUUGAGAACGAAGAGAGUAACGAAAGAAACAGAAAUGGAAUUCAUUUUGCGAAUGCAACAGAGAAAAAGGGAAAUUGUCAAAGACGCGUGUCUUGUGUUAUGUUAAGAGAAAGAAUCAGUCGAAAAUGUGGAAUUGAAAAGUGAAAGAGAAAACCCCGAUUUAUUCUCAGGAUGCGUAAAUACAGCGGCUAUUUCUUACUAUUUUGUUAUUAACGAUACUGAGAACCUCAAAUUCAUGCAAAGCUAUCAUGGACCAUGGAUGUAAAGAGUCAUUUGCCAUGGAGUGUAAACGAAAAAAAUACGCAGUAGAAGUGAGAGCGAGCGCGAGAAAGAGAGUGAAAAAAGGGAGAAUGCGAAAGAGAAAAAGUGCAGAUGUGCGAGGGAGAGAGAAAAUGAGAAACCGUGUGAAUUUCAAUAUGCUUCUACACAUGAGAGCGAAAAAAGAAAUAAUGUCCUCCUAAAUAAUUAUUCACACCGAGAGAAAAAAGAAGAUAACGAGAAAAACGCGUAUAGUGUCGCCAUUUGGCCUUUAUGCUGUUCUAUCUGCGAUUUCAUACAAGCUUUGCGUACGAUACUGUGAUAUAAUAUCUCUAUUUCUUCGUUUUUUUUUUCCUUCUUUCUUUUUCUUUUUCUUUUUUUUCUUUUGUUUUCCUCUUCCUUAGUUGCGUGCGUGUAGACUCACACAGAAAGAGAGAAAUACACAUACAAAUCGUAGAAUUUGAACGUGGAAAUUUCUAUGAGAUAUCCUUCGAUAUACAUAUAUAUAUAUAUAAAUAGAUAUAUGUUGUAUGAAAAAGAAGCGAUCACGCGAAAUGUGAGAAACAACCAACCACCGUCUCCUGCGUUUAAUUUGUAAACGAUUAAAGCGCUAGUAACGCGGUUUAUUUCAUUCAUAACCGUGAAAGUCUAAAUAUAUCAAAUAAAAAAAUGCAAAAAAGAUAAGAAAAUAAUAAAAAAACAUACAUGUAGAUUUCAACAAGUGCAUCGAGAAUACACGAGAGAAAUAUACGUUUCGAUUUAACGAAAAUCAUGGGAUAAGAAAACAACGACAGUUUUGAGCGUGACUACAUAUUUCUUGCAUGUUAUUUACUUUUUCAUUGAUUCUGUUACGCUUUCUCGUUAUGCUUUCGCGAUGACUCCUCUCAUUUCUCGCACAGCUUUCUAUCUUUCUUUUUUACUUCUUAUACGACUGUUAUGUAAACUUGCGCUUUUUCCUUGGUUACCUACGAGGAACGCGUAUUCUGUGGUUGUCAGAGGAGGAUCAGAAGUGAAAAUAAGUCCAUAUAUCGUGGAAGAUUGCUGAACGCAGCAUUGUUAGGGACAUACGAAUGCACAUACGCGAGUAUAUUUGGAAAAGAAUAACGUUAAAAUAUUAGACAAGUAUUUUUAAGUAUCGAGGGUUUAGAAAUUAUUUAACUUUAUUUUUCUUCGAACAUCUCGAUAUGUGCAUUACUGACGAUCCUACCUGUAUCACGUCAUUGCGCCACUUUUAUAUAUGUUUGACCAGAGAAUUUCAGAAAUCGACGUUUUUCUCGUCUGGCUCUUAUGAUUAGUUACUUAAUAAAAAUAAAAGAAAAAAGAAGUGUAAAAAGAAAGAGGAAGGAAGGAGAAGCAAAGCAAUCUCAGAAAUAUUUAACAUUCCUUGGUAUCGUUUUCAGGAGGAAGACUUUUUCACCUCCGUUUGAUUUAUAAAAUAUUGAUUUACAAAAAAAAAAAAAAAAAAAGAAAAGAAAAAAUGAAUUUAUUUUCAAGGUUUUUCUCUUGCAAAAGUAAUAAGGAAUUACAAAGAGGAUACUUCAUUUACCAGCCAUUUAUAUCGUAUUCUGCCAGUUUUUUUAUUUAUUUUGCUAUAUUUGCUUUAUUUUAUUUUAUUCUAUUCUGCUUUAGUUUCUCAAUUUUGAUCGAUCGAAUUUUUCAAUUCGUUUUCGUUUUCAACAGUAUAUAUAUAUAUAUAUUUCUUUUCUUUUUUUCUCUUUUUCACGAUGUCACGCGAUCAAACGUGCACUAUUUAUCUCGAUCUCACCUGAAAUACCGUGCGCUUUUCAAAUUCACUGUGUUACAUGUAGUUUCGUUAUUAUUAUUAUUAUAUUAUAUUAUAUUAUAUUAUAUUAUAUUAUAUUAUUAUUUUCGUUUGUCGAAUGUAAUAAAACUACUUGCGUUUUUACAUUGGUUGCACCCAACAUGCACUGAAUGCAACUUCUUCGGUUCGACGACCCGUCUAAAUACUGUUACCUUGUUGUAUAUUAUAUUUAAAAGGAAAAAACAAAGAGGAGAAAAAGAAAAUAGCGUUCGGAAAUUUGUAUUUAUUGCACUAUGUACGACCAAUGAGUACGAAUUUUCUCUGCCUCCGUUUAAAGAAGGAUUUUCAGCUGUUCUGCGUAAAGGUUCACUGGUAAAUUUUGUUGAUCGUCAUUAAAAUGUUAUAUAUAAAUAUAUAUAUAUGUACAUAUACAUACAAGAAUCUGCAUAUACACACACACACAUAUAUAUAUAUAUAUACACAUACAUACAUACGAGUAUUAGCGUGUAGAAGAACGUUUCUAUCAUUUGUACGACAAACGAUUAUUAUCAUUGUCAUUAUUAUUAUUAUUAUUAUCAUUAUUAUUAUUAUUAUUAUUAUUAUUAUUAUUAUUAUUAUUAUUAUUAUUAUUAUUAUUAUUACUACUACUACUACUACUACUACUACGAAAAAUAAUCUGAUAAUAGUUGAUUUUUUCAAGUUCUCGCGCGCAUUUCAUCGAAAUUCCAAAAUAACACUCGGAUAUUAUUUUACCGGGAGACAAGGAAAAAUCAGAGGAUCCGCGGAUCGUCUGGAAACAGAACUAUUUUUCUAGUUACUACACACGUAGAAAUACGGAUCUUACGAAUUAAGCAUUAUUUAUUUUGUAAAACGAAAUAGCGUAGACGGAAGCACAGUGUUUCCUAACGAAAUUAUAUAUCGAUUACGUCUGUCGAGCAAUGUUAACGUUACUUCUUUAUUUUCUUUCUUUUUGCUAAAAUAGCGACAAUAAAGGAUAUCGUUAGAGAAAAGAAAGCAAAUGCCGACGAACGAACAUAUAGCAGGAGUAAAAGAAGAAAGGAGGAAGGAAGAGAAGAAGAAGAAGAAGAAGAAAGAGCACAAUCGCGAAAUCGAUUCUUUUCAAUGUUGAUUGAUAAUAAGUGUAAAAUAAGAGCGUGCUGCGAAACUUGAAGGAAGACAAAAAAAAAAACAAGUGAGACCGCUUGUAAAGUUUUUAGAUAAACAAGGGUUGUUUUUCUCUUUUCUUUCUUUUAUAGAGAAAUAUGUUCUCGUAGGGAUUCAGUGUUGGAAAAAUUGAUGUAAAUGAGUCUUCUUAUUAAAUGAAAUUUUGAGCGUAUGAAUUCAGAGCUAGAGUAUACUUUGUACCGUACGAAAUUGAUUUAUGUUGAAAAACAUGGAAAAGAUGCAAAGGUUUAUGUCUAAAAGCUUUUCACAGCGUCUUUUGCGAACACGAAAUUCAAGGACACGAACGAAUAUAGUUGUUAAAAUAAUUUUUUGCCAUGCCUUCAAUUAUCUGAUGUCAAUGUUAUUUGAUUGCUUGGCAUUAAAUGAUAUCACUUGCGCUACAAAUUGUUGAGAA